CCGAUCCCCAAACCCCACUCGAUCCCGUCGCGCGCGUUCGAUUCGGUGUGGGGAGUUCAUUGAUUCAUUUGAUCGGGGUGUUCCACGGCCUGGGACUCCAGUUCCGGCGGCUGAUCGGCAGCCGCAGGCGGAUUUCAGGGGUGAUGCGGGCUUGCGGUAGGGAAGACCGCAAAGAGGAAUUUGAGGCCGGCCGAUUGGGGAUUUGAUUUGAGGCAGCGGUCUCCGUCGUUGCCCUUUCGAUUAGCGGGAUGGGUGUGAUUUAUGGUGGCACGGUUGGUUGAUUCUGCUCCCGGAUUGCGCUCAGCUGCUGGGAUGGUGUGAUUUCGGCUGGGAGGCGAGGCUGGUCUCAAAUGUCUCCCCCAUAAUGCGCUGUGGUCUCUCUGCCACAGUGAACCGUUGUUGUCCAGCAAGCUGUGAACUGCAAUCACCUUUGGUCGGCACAAUCGAUUUGCAUAAUAUUUGCUUAAUUGCAUUGAAGCUGUACCCCCCUCUUCUCGACCUUCUGUAACCUUGAUCAUUAUAAAGAUCAUCACCGUACUUCAGCUUCUAGUUCUGUCUAUUGUUCCUUCCCUACUAAACUUCAGGCCAUUGGUUGUGACUUUUGAUCGGUUCUUCGACCCAAUUGGACUGGGCUCUUAAGAUCAGGCGAUUCACCCUGGGAUGCACAGUCUCUGUAAACAUGAAAUACUCCUAAUCUGUUCCAACCUCCAGGCUCCUGUUGUCCUGUAACUCAUCUUUGGUCCAUGUCAAACAUGCUAUCCAUGAAUAAUCCUUGCACGCCCAAUGACCGCUUUACACAACUGCAUCCCAUCCUUCUAAUUGCUUGCAGUUGUCUCUUUCAACCAUUGCAUCUAUUAGUACCAUUUCAGUAGAUUGGCCAUUAUCAAUGUCCGUUACUCUGUUUCAGCUCUUAUAUAUAGGUUCCAUCCUGUUGAUGCUUUCAGACAGGAUGACCAGUUGAUCUUGUUCAAUGAGUUCAUCAUUCUUUCUCCUUGUCUUACUAGUUCGUACUCUUUUCGUUCAGGAAACUGAUACGUAUUUUGAGCUGCCAAUUAUAGUCUUUGGUCAUUUCUUGUUCCAGAGUUUGAGUUCGUAGCCAGGGAAUUCUUUUGUUUCUAUCUCCCUGUUCUGUUUAUUAGAAGGGCAUCUGUGCUAUCAGCAACCUAAAAAUAUAUUUCUCCCUGUUCUGUUUGUUAGAAGGGCAUCUGUGCUAUGAGCAACCUAAAAAUAUUUUUUUUCCUUUAAUCUGAAAGAGCGCACUAUUUAAUCUUACUUAUGUGAAGUUGGAUCAUUCAAGUUGAACUUUUGUGUAAGCACAUUGGAUCAUUCAGGGGUCAUAGUUUCUUGUAUAUGUAAACAGUGAACAACAAGAAUACUCACAGUCAAAAAAAAUUAGGCAAUGGAAAUAUAGUUAUUGCUCUCAGAACAUCUAAGUGAUAACAAGGUAAAAUAUCAUAUGAUAAUAUGUACUCCCUCCGAUCCUAAAUUGUUGUCGAAAUAUUACAUGUAUCUAGAUGCUUUUCAAGAAUAGAUACAUCCAUAUUUGGACAAAUUUGAGUCAAGAAUUUAGGAUCAGAGGGAUUAUAACUUAUGCUAUAUCUCAGCCCUCAAGUGAUGCUUCUACUGUUAGAUCAUGGAAGGUACCUUUUGCGUCUCGAUCCGUGCUGGUUCUUUAUAAGUUCCAUUGAACAGAGCGUACAAGUUCUACAUCCUCAUUUUAUUCCUAGAGGCAGAAAUAUUCGAUAUGUAAAGGGCACGCUGCUGUUGUCCUUUGCUUUGAUGAUUAUGCAAUUUGCAUGAAAUUCAACAUCAUUUGCACCAAUAUGUCUUCUGCAUCUUCAGGUUAUAGUGGGAUUUGGCUCCCGAAAUAGCCCAUGUUCUUUAAAGCAUGGACUAAGAUCGUUAGAGUUGGAGUUCAAUCUUGGGGACAUGAUUCAGUUUCGUUGUUUGUUUGACAUCAAUGUGGGGCAAAUGCGGGAAUUAGGUUGGGUAAGCAAUUGCUGUUUCUUCCAAUCUCUGAUGGUAAGACACUCAGGUUAGUGCGUAGUUACAGAUUUGUGCUGGUGAGGAAGUUGGAAGGCACCACUGGCUGGUGCUAAACUUUAUUUAAUGGGUACCAUAUUUACCUUUUCUUGGGGACAAGCAAUACCAUUCAUCACCCUCGCCUUUAGAUUUCAUGCCCCCCCCCCCCCCCCCCUAGCCCCCAAAGUUCAUUUCAAUCCUGAAACCUGGGAAGUGUAUUUUUUUUAUAGCUUUUGAUCUUUCGAGAUAUUCGUGUAGCCUGAGGUUCUUUCCCAGCGUGCUAAUACUUCUUUCAUUUGAAUUGGGCCACUAAUAAUAUUGCAGGUACUAGUUGACCAAAGUAAAGGAGAUUUUUGUUUUCUUGUUUGACUUCUUGAUUUGCCAAAUAUCAAGCUCACAUUAAAGUUGAACAAAUGGGCAUUUUGGGGUCCUUGAUUCAUUUUGUCAGUGCUAUGAGCUGACUGCUGCAAGCAAAUGGAAGAGACCUUUCAGGUUACCUGUUGACGUAUGUCAUUUUGAGGACCUAUUUGGCCUCAGAAAGAGCAUAUGCUCAAAAUAAAUGUAUGCUGUCCUUAGAGUGCGGGAAGGCAGCACCUCUUGCAAGAUUUUGACAGAAAAUUUAUUCUUAAGCGUACAAGUCAGGCUUCCAAUGUGGUUUUGGAAGUGGCACCUCUACCGGAAACUGGAAAAGUGUACAUAACUGCUGCCACACUUAACACAUAGUACUUGUAGGCUAUUGUGGUUUGUUUCGCGAAGUUAAUGGAUUAAGCACGUUGGUGAGGGUGUAUGAACUCAUGGCCCAUUGUUAAUCUGUGUAGAAGGAUUUUGUGAUCAACGGAAGUAUUGGUUGGAGCAGUGCAAGCAUGCACUUGAUACAAGAACCUUGAAUUUGCUAGUUAUGGUUCGGAUGAUUAACUUACCAGUAGAUGGGUGUAAAAUCUGGGGGAAAAAACUUUAAGACCUAAAGUUUCCUACCAACUUAGUUGAGCUGAAGGUGGUUUUCCAAGACAAAAUCAGCUUAAGAUGUAGAACCGGCUGUGAUGAGAGUAGCUGGAGUGAUUGACCCUUGAAUCAAGCCCACUUCUAUUGUGUUGAGAGAAUGUUGCAGAUAGCCAUUUGAUGGUAAUUGAAAGGAGGGAAAGGCUAGCUGAAAAUAGGUCAAUUGGUCAUGAUGGAAACAAGAUGUAUCUACACAUAAGCAGAACAAAAGGACACAACUAUUUCAUGGAGGAACCUUGCAGAUGUCACAUGUUCGGUACCUAUUUAAAUGGGCCUUGUUCUAUCUGACAUGAUGCUAUGGCCACCUCCCUUGACGAUACUUUCUGGCUCCUGUGAAGCUGAUAGCUAGCAUUACACAUUGUCCUUCCACAUCUGUUAUGCUAUUUUCAUAUUUUGCUUUCUAGUAUUAUGUACACUAUCUCUCCCCAUGACGUAGCUCAUUAUGAAAAGAGCUCACUCAUGCUAUGUAAACAUUCAUUUUUCAGUCAGAUCUUUCUUAUACUUGCUAGAAUGUAAAUAUAUAUGUACUGGCAACGGCUGUCAGCCUGUCACACAGAAUAAGUGAUCUGUUUCUACUACUUUGGCUGCUUGUUGCACUAUCAUUGUUAUGCUUGCCAUAGGUUAUUGCCAUUUGAGAUAGGUUAUUCUACUUAGUGUUGUCCAUAUGUUGUGGUAUUAUCUUUCUUGCCUGUCAUGUCAAAAUAUAUAUCUGAUACUGUUUGCUGUAUCAUGCCAAUAUCAUGUGUGUCUAUGACUCGGAGAAAAGUUGAAUGUAGUUUUGCUAUGCUGCUUUGUACAUAUUUAUUUAAAUCCUUUCUAAAGUUGAAAAUAUAAUCAUAUGAUAUUAUAAAAUAGUGCAAAUAAUUGUUUAUAAUUCUCAGCUUGAAGUCAAUAUUUUUUCAACCAAAUGUGAUUUGAUAAUCUACUCAUGAAUGAUCACUAAAAAUAUACAGGGCAUAAGAGUAACAUUUGCUAACUUAUCAUUUUAACCGACUGUACUGUGUUCCAUUGCAUGUUUCUAUAUUCUCUUUCAGUGUCUUAUUUAAUGCAACCAAAUUUAACAGAAAGCUGCAAGUAAAACUUAUACAUACAACUUAACACAACCAAAAUUUAACAGAAAGCUGCAAGUAGAGGUGCAACAUGGUGACCCUCAGGGUACCCUCUGACUCUCCUUAGUUCAAACAAAUGAACUAGUUUUCCAAAAAGUUGUGCCAUUUUAAAUUUUUAGUUCAUUUGGUUGAACUAAGGAGGGUCAAAGCGCAAAAUUUAUACAUACAACUUUAACAUGGAUCACAUAUGUAUAAUUUAGAUAUCUAAAGACUUGAGAUGGAUAUAGUGUAUCUGGUGUAACAUUAUCAGCGUCAGAUAGGUACCCUACAAAGUAAUUUUAAUGUUUCAUGCUCUACAAUUAAAGCCCCAUUGAUGUAUAGUUUUGAAAGAUGGACUUUUGAACUAUUUUAACAAAUAAUGUAGUCUACUGUUGCUUUUCUAGGCCGUGGUGCCCAUUAUGAAAGUAUCAUGAUACUGUAUUACUUAAGUUGAUUGAUAAAUAGUUAUUUGAGCAACAAAUGUACUGCAGAAGUUGUUAUGCGAAACCAUUGAUAUUAGCUUCUCUGGUUUAAAUACGAAUCAUAUCUUGCGGUCAACUCUUUUUGUUCUGACUUUAUUUUCUCAGUACAAUCUUCACGUUUUCUCCCUGAGUGGUUCCUGGUAUGAAUAGAAUUUUAUAUAUACUGUUUUAUGCCGCAUAAAAUGAUUUUUUUAGCUCAGUACCAUUUCAAAGAGAGAUAUGAUUAUGCAUCGGAAAAUGUGAUCUAGUGAGGAUGACAUGUGGGGGGUCUGAGGACAUGUCAAAAGUACAUUGGAUAUUUGGAUUUUUCUUUAUUUUCCAACUCAGUGAUCUUUGCAAUGGCACAGAGCAAUUUUUCCGAAUUAAAUAACUGCAUAUGCCGAAUCAUUUGGCUUUGGGCAUCUGAGAUCGAUGUGACUCUGAUCUCACAAGAAACACUUGUAAGGUGUGAAAUGCUCUUAUUUUGUCCAUGAGUUUAUGUGUCUGUGAUGCUGGAUGUACUCACUUCGCCUUUAGUUCUCCUUUUAAAUGUCAAUUUCCCAUUAGCAGCUACAACUUGUUCAGCCAGAAUACUAAUGUUGAGCCUCAAAUUUUCCAGAUUAAGCAACAUCUGAUCAGACAUUGCAUGAAUCAUGGCUGGGCAUCCAUACAACAAUUCCCAGAUGACCAGGAUGGAUCAUAUGAACCAAUCACGUAAUGGACCUCCGCCUUUUGGUCAAAAAUUAUUUAUGCAUCCUCGAAGUGAUGCACCAAAUGGAGCUGUACUGUCAGGUUAUGGGGGUGCAAGUACAGCAAUGAGAUCAAAUGACCUUCCAUCCUCAAGUUACGCGGGGCAGGCGUAUAGUCAGCAGAUUGGAGCUCCUGGAACCUUGCAUUCUUCCCAUGCUGGUUAUCCUUCUGCUGGAAGCUCUAGCAGCAGCUAUGCACCAUACGAUACUCAACACGUGCCUCCUUUAAACUAUCCACGUAGAACUGAGGAUAAUUUCAUUCCUGGAACGCAUGUCGAUGACAGAAGGGUUACAUUGAAGCGGAGAAAUCCCACCAAUAAUCUUGUGGAUGGUGUCAGUGCUGGAGGCUAUUAUGCUGGCAGUUCUUCCAAUCAUCAUUUCUCUGGUUACAUGCCUCUGAAUCCUGUUCCUGCUCCUGAAUCCCACCUUCCACAAAUACCUUCAAACUUGGGUUCAAGCCACUGGAAUGAUCGUCACUUUGUGAAUCAUGAAGGACCCCAGAGGAAUGUGAGGGGACGCCUCGAUCAUAAUAUUAUCCAUUCAGAAUAUAAUUCAGCUACUUGCCCGUCUAGCAGCAUUCAUGUUCCACCAUACCAUCUAAAUGCAAAUGCUCCUUUUGGAAGUGCACCAGUACAACACGAUAGAGCUUCUUUAUCUCUACCUCCAAGGAUUAUCCACCCAGGGACUGAUGGAAGCCUAGCAUUCAGAGAGAGGCCACACUAUCCUGCUCCGCAUCCGCAGAGCAGUAACAUAAGUGCUCCUGUGCCAACGCUUCCUGGUUCGUCUGAUGCUGCACCAUUUCCCCGCGGUGGAUAUGCUCCUAGAUCAGUUCAUCGUAACACUGUCCACAAUUAUCUUCCCCCAGCGUUUGCAACAUCUUCCAACUCCGGGGCAGUCCGGUGCGAACCUGCUAACCCUCUCUAUCAACCUGCUACCCCUAGCUAUCCUCCUGCUACUUCUGCAUCAUCAUCAAGUGUCCAACCAUUACAUGCGGAAGCUGCUGCAUCAUUGAGACUUCCAAGGCAUGUGUCUGUUGGGCACGGUGGAAUUGCAAGGAGUAGAAGGAUGAGGGAUUCCUUCCAUUGUUUCCAUCCUUUGAUGAUUGAGGACAAUAACUUGGGAAGAUCAGCAGCUGAGCGGUUUAUGAUGCUGGAUCAGUUAGUCAUCCACGAAUCAAGAGAAGCAGUUGAUCCUCACUGGGACAUGAGACUGGAUAUCGAUGACAUGAGCUAUGAGGAGCUCCUGGCUUUGGAAGAACGAAUAGGCAAUGUGAACACUGGCCUGGCUGAUGAAAAAAUCUCAGGCUGCGUGGUGGAGCUAGCCUGCCACAGCUCUUCUCAUACACAGAAUGAUCAAGAUAAUGAAAGAUGCGUUAUAUGCCUGGAGGAAUACGGACACAAGGUCUCCCUCGGCAGGCUGAAAUGUGGGCACGACUUCCACGCGAGCUGCAUCAAGAAGUGGCUGGAGGUGAAGAAUGCCUGCCCUGUUUGCAAAGCCGACGCCACAAAUGAUACCACCUGAGGGACCAAAUGGUGCACCCCUCCCAUUUAUCUUAGUUCAGGCCAGAUUCCUCAGUAUACUUAUCUGCUCAUUGUGCUGUUCAAGUUGACCGUGUAAAUAAGUAGUCCUAGAGUCAGAAUUAUUUUGUGAUUUGGCUGUGAACUGAAAAACCUCAUCUCUAGUCCAGUGUAAGUAUAAAUCCUUAAGCAAUCAAGUUAUUUAUCAACCCGUCGCCCAAAUCA